UAAGUACAAAUGCUGAUAAACUAAAGCAACUGUAAUCGAUCAAUGAAAAUUCAGACGCGGAACUCUUGAAUGUACACAAAUGUGGUACUGAGUCAUCAUAUGGCAAUACUUUAACCAGUGUCAACUUAAGUUUUAUGAUAAAACGUGAAGAAAAAUGAAUGUGAAAAAGGUUUCAGCUUUUACUGUCUUUAACAGUGACAAGAAUACACUGAAAAAAAAGACAAAAGACAAUAUUCCUCACCUGCCACCAACAAGUAAAGAAGAAAAAAGCAUGAUACCAUUAAGGAGAGCCCAAAGUUCUCAGUCCAUGGAGCGAGGGGAAAAACAUAAGGAAUCAAAUGGUGGCAGUGGAUCCAGAGGGAAGAGGUUUCUGAAUGCUUUAAGAAGUGGACAUAUUAGAGAGAGUAUUCGACUAUCUGGCAAAAAGAAUCGGCCAUCAUCCCUUACAUCAUUGGAUCAUGAUAGUCCAUUCCCAGGAUUGGCAAAAAUUUCUCUGGUGGGCCCGAAAAAAAAUAGUAAUGAAGAACUUCAGUCAUUGGCCAGAAAAAGAUUACUCGACACUUUGCAGAAAGAUACCAGUUUAGAUAAAACACCAGUUUCUAGGAAAAGUCCAAGGGAUAAAUCCACCCCUAAAGAUGGAAAGAACACUCCUAAUAAAGUCAAAAGUUCGGCUGAGAAACCACACAAAACACCCCCUGUGGCCAAAAGUAGCCCCAGACAAACCAAACCCCACCCUGAGAAACCCCCAAAAGUAUCUCCACCUCUUCCAAAGGUCUCAACACAGAUCUCUAAAGCUCUGCUAGAAAUGAACUCAUCCACUGAAGAGUUACCUGUUUUGAAGCAAAGUACAGCUAACCAAACUCGAGUUAACAAUGUUAUUCACAAUGUCAGUGAGGAGCAGAAAGAAAAACGUGGCAAGAAGAGGAAAGACUCUGAGGCAUCCAACAGCAGUAAGAAGAAAAGAAAAACUGAUAGAAUGAUAAAGGUGUCUGCUACAGAUAUGGAGUUACCUUACAUGUAUGACAGCACAGCAGAAGCCAAAAAACUUUUUGAAUGCAUGAUUCACCCUGUGAAGACUGACAGAUUCUUUACAGAAUUGUGGGAGAGGAAACCUCUACUAGUCAAGCGCCACACACCAGACUACAACAAGGGAUGGUUCUCAACAGCAGAGUUUGAUAAAAUCCUUCGACAGGAAAAUAUCCAGUGGGGCGUUAACCUUGAUGCCACCUCUUUCAUUGAUGACAAGAGGGAGACACAUAAUCAGAGUGGCAGAGCACACGCUCCUGUGGUUUGGGAUCUGUACCAGGCUGGUUGUUCUCUGAGGCUGUUGAACCCACAGACAUACAGCAGAAAUGUUUGGAAAGUCCUCUCUGUGCUACAAGAAUAUUUUGGUUGUUGUGUUGGUGCCAACAUCUACCUGACGCCACCAGGGACCCAAGGCUUUGCUCCACAUUACGAUGACAUUGAAGCUUUCAUCCUGCAGCUGGAAGGGAAAAAACAUUGGAGGUUGUACAGUCCGAGAACUGAUGAUGAAAUUCUACCCAGAUUUUCCAGUAAAAACUUUUCCCAGUCUGAAAUUGGUGAGCCCAUACUGGACACAGUUCUUGAGGCUGGAGAUUUGCUUUAUUUCCCCCGUGGUACCAUCCAUCAGGGAGAUGCAACAGAUGAGCAUUCUUUACACAUAACAGUAUCAUGUUAUCAGCUCAACACUUGGGGGGAUCUCUUACAAAAGUUAUUACCUGCUGCUAUUGAAAUGGCGUUGCAAGAGAGUGUGGAGUUCCGGGAAGGUCUGCCAAGAAACUAUCUGAGCUACAUGGGCAUUGUGAAUUCAGAGAAGGAAGUCCCUGAGAGAAAGGAGUUCAUCGACAAAGUUCAGUCACUAGUGAGCAACUUGAUUGGUGCUCUCCCCAUUGAUUCAGCUUGUGACCAGAUGGGGAAACAACUCAUGUAUGACUCUAUGCCCCCUGUUUUGACUGAAGUUGAGAAAAGCUGCAGUAUACACGGCGCAGGUGAAAGGUGGGACCCUACCUAUAAGAGAGUUGUGGGCGUGUCAGAGCUUCAGCCUGAGACUGUGGUCAAGCUGAUUAGGAAAGGUGUUUUAAGACUUCUUACAGAGGAGGAUAAAGUUCGUAUUUAUUAUAACGUGGAGAAUGCUCGUGUAUACAGAAGUACAGAACCCAAUUUCAUAGAAAUUACAGCAGAGAUGGCACCAGCUGUAGAGUACUUAAUCAAUGCAUAUCCUGAGUACACAAGUAUUGAGAGCCUACCACUAGAAAACAUAGCUGAUCAGAUUAAUGUAGUAUCUCUGUUGUACGAGAAAGGUCUUUUGAUAACUAGUGAACCACUGGAGCCAACAUAUGAUGAACCUGGUGACGACACUGACGAAGAGUUCUCUUGAAUUUUUAUUUUAUUUAUCUCGAGAAGACAUAAAUGUUGAAGAAAAGAAACAUGGUUGUUAAAAAAUGUUUUCUUUAUAUGUGCUUUUAAAAAAUAAUAGAUGUGUAAAUAAGUUGUUUUAAUGUUUUUAAUUGCUUAACAGUAACUAUUAAGACCGUUUACUUGUAUGUUAAAGUAAUUGAUUAAAAAAUUGUGCUUUGAAUAAUGUCUUGUGGCU